AUGCUUGUCUUCGCAUGUGUAGUAGACUUUGCCUCGCGUUUGGACCGCUACAAGACGUGUGUGCUUGCCGAUGCAGGCGCCGAGGAUCUCAGGCAGGACCGCCGCGUGCCCUCUGGAGGGAUAGCAAGACUGUCGACCCGCGAGCAUCCACCUAGUCCUUUAUUGAUCAGCCCUGAGCAACAACAUACUGUCGGCAAGAGUCUGAACGAUCAGCUCAGACUCCUGGACGAUGCCUUUCUACCAACUAUGACACCUACAAACACCUGGCUUGCCACUACGCCUGAGAGCACUCCCAGCACUGUACCGGUAUUCGACAUCAUCGAACCAUUGAGCGACGUCGCGACACGGCAAAGAAUCUCGCUGGAUCUGGCCUUCCAGCGAGACCCGACUCAAGCAAUCCAGCGAGCCGCCUCUGCGGAUAUCCAUCAGGAGUCCGCUCGUCUGGCAACUCCAAGCUCGGCGAUACGAAGCUCUUCUCUACCACCUGCGGUCGCAGCCCAGCCUAGAGCUUCACCAACGUUCUGUCCCUCGAGCCUCAAAGAUUCAACUUCAGACGAACCAACACCAGUCCACCGAGCGGCCUCCGAUCCUUGCAACCCACCCACUAGAUCCCGAGCCGCGACUGUCAUAGACUCGAACAUCGAAGAUGCAACCUCAAACCAUGAGCUACUUCAAACGUACGCCGACAGUGACGGCGGAGAUGAGGACAAUCAAGAAACAUCUAUGCCGGAUGAUCUCUUUCAGCCAUUGGAACGUCAAUUGACGACAAGACGUUGGCGGAGUGAUGAUGAUACCGAAAGCGUGGACACCGAGAGACAGGAUUCUGCUUGGGACCAAGACACUGGUGGAGCAGACCUUACGGACAUUGACGAGCUGAACGGGAGUCCGGAAGUGGAACUGAGCGACCUCGAAGACCUCAACGAAGGAAGAGAAGCGAUGAAUGACGUCCAGGUUGAGAUCGCGGUAGAGAUGGAUGAAGAUUCUGGAGAUGGCAAAGAUGCUAUGGAUGACUGGGGAAGCGUUCACUCUGUUGCAGAGCAGUACGAAGAAGGAAUCGAGACUUUGGAUGACGGAGAAUGUGAAGAGAGUCCAGCACUGGAAAGCAUGCCAUCGUUCCAAAUUCGUCUUUUCGACCCGGAGUCUUCGAUGUACGGGGAAAUAGACGAGUACAGGGAGAUGCCAGCCCUCAUCGUCGAAGAGUGGUCCGGCGAGGUCAAAGAGAUGCCGUCAAUUCAGGAAGAAGAGACUGAACUCCAGGACAGUCAAGAGGAGUUCCCGGCAAGCAUCAAGCGCCGCUUAACUGAGACUCACGUUACUUUCCCGGACGCUGUGCCUCGACAAGCCUCAAAGGCAGUCCUGCGAGUCCCGCUGUCACAGCAUGCACGGUCCGGCCGGCUACCUCAGCGACACUGA